AUCACUAUUAUCCAAUUAGGGCUUCAUUUGACUAUGGAAUAAGUUUCCUUCUUCUCCCGCCAACAGAAAACCUUCCCAGUUCAUUAGUCUUUCAAUCGUUCAAUUUCCUUUUUUUAUCUCUUAUCCCCAUUUCUUGCUGUUUCCACUCUAUUCAAGAACAAGAUCGAUACUGCAACGGAGUUUAUUGAUUUGUCCUCUACAGGCUUGAAAGCAUUCUGGAGUAGUAAAUUGUAGCAUAUUUCAGAGAAUCGAAGUCCGGAGAAGUUUGGAGUCUGUAAACACAUGACUCAAUGGAUGCCCCAGCUGAAGAAGACAUUCCUCUAAGGCCUCGGGUUAAGGUCUCACUUUGCCUAGGAUCAGAGACACAUUUGGUCAAUACAGCUAAUAAAGGCACCCUUUCUGAGCAGCUGACUUCCAUGAAAGAGGAUAGCAUGGCCAUUUUGAAGGAGUACAUAACCAAACAUAAUGUUCCUAAUGAUGUCCCGGACGAACUAGUUGAAGAAGCUUCUGAGGACGAUGAUGAAAUCACUGAAAAACCUCAAGUGAAGGCAAAGAAGACAAAAGUAACAUAAUUUCUCUCUCUGUUCAUGGGCCAAACCCUGAAAUUCUAAAGAACAAAAAUAGUGUCUUGGAAGAGAAUAUAGAACGUAACUUUAAGUUCAUUAGUGUUCUCUAAAUGUGCUUGGUCUGUGUCAUUUGUUCGUUUCAAUACCUUGGACCCCUUUUCUGAUUCUAAGUUCUAACUAGUUUCCCUCUCCUUCAUUUUCAUUUUUCAUGAUUAGGGAAAAUUAAUAGCAUUGAAAGAUUCAAACCAAUGUGGAAUUAGAUGUAUUUAGUUUAAAUUAUUAAUCGAGAUCCUAUUUUUCUGUCUCA